CAAAGUAUACGGGAGUUGUCGAGUAGGUGGCGGUAAUGCAACAUGUUGGAUGCCAACCGCUGUUAAACCUCAUCGAAUAAGAAGCAGGCAACCGGGACCUGCCAAACUUUGCUUACGUUACCGCCGCCGUUCGCAAGUUGAGCUGCACAGCACAGCACAGCGUGGUACAUUGCUCCCGUUUGAAGAUGGUGCCCCUGCAGUAGUUUUUGUGGGGAAGAGUGAACCUGUCCAGAUCCUAUGCCGGACAGACCGGUCUGUGAGCCUGGUCCUCUUUUUCUGUAUUCUCCAUCGGCAUUACUUUUUUUUAACAAGUGGCUAAUGAAGGCUUUUGGUCCCGUAAACACCAGCCUCUUCCACGUUCUACUCCACAGGGCUCCAGAACCCAAUAGACACCAUGUACCACCUACAGCCGCUGAUGUUCAUGGGCCUCCUCCCACUCUUCCUCUUCAAUGAAGGACUGAGCCUGAGUACCUCAGAGAAGCUGUUCUGUGUGAAUGAGCUCUCUCCCAUGCUCUACUCUCUGGCCACACUGAGUAUAGGCGGGUCACUGGCCUUUGGCCUAGUCUUCUCAGAAUUCCUGCUAGUCUCAAAGACCUCCAGUCUCACUCUCUCCAUAGCAGGGAUCUUUAAGGAGGUGUGUACCCUGCUGCUGGCAGAAGGCCUGAUGGGGGACAGGAUGAGUGGACUGAACUGGAUGAGUUUUGCUGUCUGUGUGUCUGGUAUCGCCUUACACCUGGGACUGAAAACCUACUAUUCCAUAAUUCCAGGUCAAAAUUCACUCGUUGAGACUGCUGCCCAUCGAAAACAGCCCAGACCUGGAACUACCGUUAUUACGUCAGAAGGAAGAUGAGGGGGAGGAGACCGCUACUGAGGACAAUGACGAAGAGCAGGAGAUUCUACUCUUGACUCAAACAACAUGUUGGACUGACUGUCAUGUUUCAGGGAGGCCAGAGGAACAGAAGGGAAGGAUUCUUACGCUCUUCUACAGCCAACAUUCUCUACAGCCAACAUUCUCUUCAGCUUUUGUUCAAAACCUAUCGCAGAGUUUAACCAGUGGUAAACGGACAGACACCCUAAACUGUAUCAAAUGCAUAUACUGUUGCUGUCAGUGACGUGAAACAGGAGUUUUAACCUUAUAAUAUGUGAAGUGACCAAACUGCAGGUAACCUUAAUAAUGAUGGAAACGUUUACUAGGAAUUAAGGAUUACUGAUGUUCAAUACAUUUGUUUUUCAAAUGCAAAUGAUUGAUUGAUUUAAUUACUGAGUUAAAACAAAUUGGUUGUAAUUUGCACUGUAGGAAGGGGUGUGAUUUGAGAUUGAAUAAACUGUUUUUUUGUUGCUGCUA